AGGAUCAUAAAAUAAUGAAUCUGUUUUGUUUAAUAAUUUUUUUCUGUUCAUUCCGUACUUGCAAUGUCAUACAAUUAUGAUAAUUGAAAUUGACCAAAUUUUAUAAUGUCAUGUUGAUAAAACUUAUGUUUGAUGAAGCUGAAAACUUCAGAACUAGAAUAUUUGAUCUAAAUUAUGACAUUUGAUUUCAUCAUUCUCUAAUUUACAUAACCCCUGUCCUCAACAUAGUUAUUGAAGAUUGAAUAUCUCGAGAUGAGUUCUGAUUUGUCGUCCGCCACUUCUGUUCUCCGUUGCACCGAUGAACUUGUCAAGAAGUUCUUAUGCCCGAUUUGUGCGGAGAUAUAUUUUGAGCCAUGUACCACUCCUUGUGGACACAGUUUUUGCAAAGAGUGUUUGCAAUCUUCCAUGGCUAUGUCUGCCACAGACCUAAAUUGCCCUAUAUGCGGGGGAUCAAUAAGUAAUGGAUUAUCCUACUGUGUGAAUGUAGCUCUUUGGAACGCAGUUCAGUUCUUAUUUCCUCAGGAAGUUAAAUCGCGGAAAGUAACCGAUGCCUUAAAUAGAUCGAAAAAUUUAAGUGCACAACCAUAUAAAAAUUCUACUCGUUCUUGGCCUCCAUUGAAUGGUGUUUUUUAUUAUAUAAAUCUAUUGAAUGAUGGUUUAGAUAUUAUAAGCCGUGUGAUGUUAGGCUUGUUUGUUAUUGCACUGCCUUACAUGACAUAUGUUGUAUUCGAGAAAGACUUUCGUUAAUAAACACAGUUAGUGUAAUUUUUUUUUUAGU